UACACAUAGGAAACUCUUGUUAUUUUAUUCAGUUUGACUAUAGCGUUUAUAAAUCGUUUCUUUAAAGAAAAUCACGUCUUAAAGGACAUUAAUGAAAUAUAAUAUAGGUAAAAUGUAUUAGAAAAGGGUGUUCUGAUUGUAGGAACACUGCGGGGUACACCAGGAUUAAAAACUGAUUGUAAUACUGCCGAUGAGCUACAUUGUAUGUUGUCAAUGAAAGUGUUCUGGCUCAACGUUGGUACUGUUAUAGUCAAAACGAAAAUAAUGGUAGGAACCAAGAAUGCAUUGGAACAAGGAUACUUGAAGAACUAUCACUUGCAUCUACCGUAACAUAAAGCCUAUAUACUUUUUUUGCAUUACUCAUCGAACUAUCUCUAGUAUUCUACACCAACCAAAGUAAUACACAUGUGUAUCGUAAUGUGGAAAGCACCUUGUUACUAUUUAUAGCUCAGGGUGGUGUCCUACCCGUGUUGUGUCGUGGUCGUCUCUAUGUGUCCGUAUUUGGUGUUGUUGAUGAGUUAUAUGUAGAUUAGGGUGUGAGUUUGUAAGAAAACAUGGAAGUGUGAGAGAGAGUAGUAAUAAAAGUUAUAAUAUACAGCGCUAAUUCGCACUUGGCCGUUUAUCGUGAGACGGAACAUAUCCUCUGGGGUCCCGCCUGCACAGUCCAGCCGUACUCGUAAAGAAUGACGCAGAACAUUACCAGUAAGACACAGCUACCGCAAACAUGCUGAGCCAUCUCUGCUGGCUUUGUCUACUGACAGGGCAGGUCGUCAAUGGAUUUCAAAACGUAGUGAUUCCUAGUUGUUCUCCGGAGAUGAAAGUCUGUCGAUUUAACUGGACAAUUGAUUACAAACAAACAAUGGUACAUUAUGAACCUGACAAAAUCGGACAUCCAAUUGUGAAUAACAAUGGAACGUUGUACCUCAGGGACCAGUGUCGGACGUCCAAACCGGUCACCAAACAAGAUUUGGAAACUGUGUUACUGACCGAUGGCCAGUACAAAAUGAUCUACACCAUCAAUGGUCAGUACCCUGGACCGUCCAUCGUGGUUUAUCAAGGACAGCAGGUGGAGGUGGUAGUGAAAAACAAGCUGAUGUCGGAGGGAGUUACGAUACACUGGCAUGGCCUCAUACAGUGGGGCACGCCCUGGAUGGACGGUGUUGGGUCUCUGUCACACUGUCCUAUCAACCCCGAGCAAACCUUUACAUAUAGUUUUUUGGCUGAGCCCAGUGGAACUCAUUGGUAUCACUCUCAUCAUGGAGCGCAGAGGACGGAGGGACUAACAGGUGCAUUGGUAGUCCUCGAGAGAACGGGGGAAGAAGAAAAGGAGGAAGCAAAUCAAAAUAAAAAGACAGAGUUUCUGAUGUUCCUACAAGACUGGUUCCAUGAAUCAUCGACCGAAUUGAUCAGCUUCCUUGACUGGGGCAUGCUACAGUUUCUUCGUGGAUUCGAUGCAGACCAGUGUUUUGUGCCAUAUGCUGGAGCUAAUCAGGAGAAUGUUGGGUUUCUUCCCUUUGAAUCUAUACUCAUUAAUGGGAAGGGAAACUCAUUUUUGACAAAUAUGACUGCAGACAGCGUACAAUGGACAGUUGAGACUUUCAAUGUGACAGCUAAUGAUACGUACAGAUUCCGAGUGAUCAGCGCUACAAUGGUUUACCCAUUACAGGUGUCCGUCGAUCAGCACGAGCUGGAGGUUGUUGCCGUGGACGGGAACGCAAUUGUUGGCGUUAGAGGUGACGCCGUUAUUAUCAAUGGUGGGGAGCGUUUUGAUAUGCUGGUGCGGACGGACCAACCAAUCGGAAGUUACUGGAUUAGGGUAUCAACACUGGCAAACGGCGGACAAAACCAGACUUUAGGUAUUCUACGCUACGAGGGGUCUAAUUCACUUGUACCUGACACGGAGAGAACAAGGUGUGACGUUACUAGACCAUGUAUCGUGGUGAACUGCCUCUUCGGGCAGUACCCAGAUGACCUCUACACUCAUUGUGUGUCGAUUGGGGAUAUGAAGUCAACACCUGAGGUGAUUCAAAAACACCCAGUCUCCUUGGAGUCGGCAGACGCAUUCCAGGAAAUUUUCCUCAACUUCCACUACACUCGUGGCUCCCCGGACCCGUUUCCUACAUCGAUCAAUGGGAAAAGGUUUAUCCGACCUUCUGUACCGCUGCAGUUGCUACCUAGUGGUAAUGACACACACGUUCGCUGUGCUGAUGCAGAAUGUCAGGAUAUAUGUGACUGUACCAAUAUCGUCAAGUUGGCAAUCAACGAUACCAUUCAACUAGUUCUCCUCAAUAUGGAUAACAGCAGAAAUGGUCUGGCUCAUGGAAUUCAUAUACAUGGGCAUCAUGUUCACGUCAUAAAGGUCGGCUAUCCUAAAUACAACACCGAUUCUACUGGACGUAUCACUGAGCAGAAUGCUGACAUUCUGUGUGAUACGCCAAUCUGUAACCAUGCGACUUGGCUAAACCCGUCCUGGGCAGGGGAUGGUCUGCCUGAAGCCAACAUGGAGGAUCCGCCAUUGAAGGAUACAAUCCUGGUUCCCCGGCAAGGUUACGUGGUUGUGAGAUUCAAAGCAGACAACCCAGGGUUUUGGUUCAUGCACUGCCAUAUGGAACCCCACGCAAUAACAGGGAUGGCACUCAUUCUACAAGAGGGAGAAACUGGACAGAUGCCAACCCCUCCAUCAGGACUACAAGGAUGUGGUAACUUUUUCUCACUAGGUGCUUCGACAAAUCUUCUGAAAGGGAAUAGCCUUCUCAACACCUUAUCAUCAGACCAAAUUCCAGCCUCCGACAGCAUGCCUUGUGGACAUUGGGACCAUUUCAAGGUGAAGGAGCCUAGCUACAUCGCGGUGAUUUGUAUACUAUGUGUACUAAACAUCACUAGCCUGGCUGUUUUGUACGUGAAAGUCAAGUACACCGAUAAGAUCAGUAACAUCGAGGCAGUCAAGCUCAACCGGCGGAUAGAAAUCAACGAACGAACAGAACCAGAGACAUUUGGGAACCAUGUUUACAUGAACAAAUACGACAAACAUUCUUACACCAGUAUAUAAUCUUACACAUUAACAAAAAAGAGAGGGGGGUUUUGUACUAAUUGGUUGAAAAGUGCCUUAAUAUUACAUGUAUUAUCUAUAUUCGAUAUUUAAAGAUUAUUAGCCUAUAAAUGUACUUGAUCGGACUUGCUAUUUUUUUUACAACAAUAGAAUAACUUAAUAUGGCAGAUCCACAUAUACUGAUCACAUGGUAACGUGUCACAAGUUACUCGACGUGCGCUGCAGAACUAGAACGUUUCGAGGUUAACAUUAAAUAAGGCAUAAAGUAAACCAUUCAUGUGGAAAGUUGUGCUAGUCUCGUGAUAUUUUACCUCGUGAUCUUUACACAAAAGAUGGCAAAACACAAUAUAAAAACCCGUGCACCAAAACAUGCUGACUUGCAACUAGUACAUUUAAAAAUAUAUCUAUGUCUAUAUGGCCAAAAACGUGAGGUGGAUAUUGAGAAAUCCAAAAAUGUUAGGCAAUGUACCAGUAAACAAUGAUCCGGUUAUUGUUUGGGAAAUGCUAGUACUAAAAUAAACAGAUUUCGGGGUCUGGCUAUGGUAGGCGAAAUUCAAGUACUAGUAAGUACUGAGGGGCCUUGCUAUGUUAGAAGAAAUACAAUAACAAGUAAGUACUGGGUGUCUGGCUAUGGUAGAAGAAAUACAAUUACUAGUAAGUGCUGGGUGUCUGGCUCUGGUAGAAGAAAUACAAUUACUAGUAAGUGAUUGGUGUCUGGCUAUGGUUGGAGAAAUACAAGUACUAGUGAGUAUUGGGUGUCUGGUUAUGGAAUGGGUAAUACUAGUACUGGUAAGUACUAAGAGUCUGGCUAUGGUAGGAAGAAUAUUAGUACUAGUAAGUACUGUGGGUCUGGCUAUGGUAGGAGGACUAGUAUUAAAUAGUACAAAGUGUUUGGCUUUUGUAGGAAAACUAAUACAGGGUCUAGCUAUGAAAGGCGGAGUACUAGCACUAGUAAGUUAUAAGGGUCAUCUAUUGUAGGAUGAAUAUUAGUGCUAAAAAGUACUAAGGAUCUGGCUAUGGUGGGAGGAAUACCAGUACUAGUAAGUACCGUGGGUCUGGCGUUGGUACUGUGGGUCUGGCGUUGGUAGGAGGAAUAUCAGUACUUGUACGUACCGUGGGUCUGGCGUUGGUACUGUGGGUCUGGCGUUGGUAGGAGGAAUACUAGUGCUAGCGAGUUCUGUGAGUCUGGCGUUGGUAUGGUGGGUCUGACGUUGGUACUGUGGGUCUGGCGUUGGUAGGAGGAAUACCAGUACUAGUAAGUACCGUGGGUCUGGCGUUAAUACUGUGGGUCUGGCGUUGGUAGGAGGAAUACCAGUACUUGUACGUACCGUGGGUCUGGCGUUGGUAAUGUGGGUCUGGCGUUGGUAGGAGGAAUACUAGUGCUAGCGAGUACUGCGGGUCUGGCGUUGGUAUGAGGAAUACUAGUAGUAGUCAGUACCAAUGGUCUGGCUAUGGUAGGAGUAAUACUAGUACUAGAAAGUACUGUGGGUCUGGCUAUGGUAGGAGGAAUACUAGUACUUUAAAGUACUAAGGGUCUGGCUAUGGUAGGAGGAAUACCAGUUCUAGUAAGUAGUUAUGGUCUGGCUAUGGUAGGAGUAAUACUAGUACUAGUUAGUACUGUGGAUCUUGCUAUGGUAGGAGUAAUACUAGUAAUAGUUAUUACUGUGUGUCUGGCUAUGGUAGGAGUAAUACUAGCAGUAGUCAGUACUAAGGGUCUGGCUAUGGUAGGAGUAAUACUAGUACUAGUUAGUACUGUGGGUUUGAAUAUGGUAGGAGGAAUACUAGUACUAGGAAGCACUAAGGGUCUGGCUAUGGUAGGAGUAAUUCUAGUACUAGAAAGUACUAAUGGUCUGGCUAUGUAGAGGGAAUGCUAGGUGUAGUAAGUACUGGCGUGUGUGGCUAUUGUAAGAGGAAUACUAGUACUAGUAAGUACUUCGAGUAUGGCUUUUGUAGUAGGAAUAUUAGUACAUGUUUUUGUGGUUUACAGGGAAACAUUAUAAUAAAGCAAGUUUAUGAAUGUUUAUACAUUGUUUGAUCUCCCGGGUUUUCCCAAGGUUUCCCCCUGAUUUGCUGUUAAUAAUUUCCAUUUUUGCGAUAAAUGUGCAGUUUACAUAUUUAUGCUCGGACUAUUAUUUGACCUUUUGAAAAUACAUCAUUGCAUUAACAUCACAUAUUAUACCAUGUUAUUGUCAUGAUAUGAUAUGAAAAUGCUACAAAAUUGUGUACUUCCAAGAUAUUAGUCCUGUAAGAACAAUUUUCAUAAGCUAAGGAGAUUAAAUUUCUGUUUAUUUUUUGUCCGUUAUUACCUUCGUAUCUGUCAAUUACUUCUGCUUCAUCAUUUUUAGGGAAUACUCAGCUACUGUAGGUAGUUUCAUUACUGGUGCUUUUUUGUUUAAGUGUAUCUUUUAUACUCUUUUCCCUACAAUAAACAUUAUUUCAU